AUGGAUUAUUUGCAAGCUAUGCGUCUCCGCGAAGCCAAUCGUCUCAUGAUUGCAAAGUUCAAGAAAGAAUCUCCGGCUAAUGACUCUCCUGAACAGAGGCUAGUUCGAUUGACCAAUGAGAAUCCGCAAUACAAUGUCGACUUUUUGUUUCAUUCAUACUCCAAGGACUGGUUUGUAUCCGAUGUUGGAAUGAAAAUGUCAAAUGUGAUGAUUCCAAACCAAAUGCUAGCUCUUGACUGUGAAAUGGUUCUAUGUGAAGAUGGGACAGAGGGUGUGGUUAGAGUUGGCGCUGUUGACCGCAAUUUAAAGGUGAUCCUUGACGAAUUUGUGAAACCACACAAACCUGUGGUCGACUAUAGGACAGCUAUUACUGGAGUUACUGCUGAAGAUGUCCAAAAAGCCACUCUCUCUCUGGUGGAUAUUCAGGAAAAAUUGAGGCCGUUUCUUUCUGCUGGUGCAAUUUUGAUAGAUCAUCCCAUAGUGAUUGAUACUUCACUAGUAUUUAAGUAUCCUAAUUCACGAAAGCUAAGAAGACCUUCUCUUAAUACCCUUUGCAUGUCUGUGUUGGGAUACGAAGUCCAAAAGGCCGGUGUUUCUCAUCACUGCGUACACGAUGCAGCCGCUGCGAUGAAACUUGCACUUGCUGUUAUAAAGAAAAGAGUUGACACAACAAUCACAUUAACUAAAGAGGCCGAGAAAUCAAGACUCUUUCUACAUCGAAUCCCUCACCAUCUGUCAUCUGAAGAGCUGAAGAAAGAUCUUGCUCUAAAGUUUUUUCCCAAAAACUUUACAAUUGAUGUUAAGCCAGCAAAAACACAGGGAGGUUAUUAUUGUGCAGUUGUUAUCUUUGGAAGCUCAGUAGAAGCAAAUCAAGCAUUUGAGAACGUUAAUGGAUACAAAGAGACGGAUUCAUCGGGGCUGCCACAGAAACUCAUUUCUUGUUCAAUAUCUACAUUUUAUGUCCGUUAA